UAGAAAUAGAGUUUGAAAUCUGAAGCUUCAUCCGGAAGCCACAGAGCAGACGACAAGAGGGAGCUCACUGGCGAAGAGAAGAGAGAGCUGAAUUCUAUCAUGAGUGCGUGCUUGUUCUGUUCGGCGAUACGAUCACUACCUCCAGUAUCCGAGUCGUCUUGCCGAUUGCUUCCAAGCCCUAACCCUAAUCGCCCAAUCCGUUCCCCUUUUCAAAGCAGAAACUCGAACAAGAAUUCUUGGAGGCUAGCCCGAGUUCUUCAAGAUGAAGGAGUCGGAGUCCUCUGGCCAGACGACGCCGUCUCGAUGCGAGCCCCUGCCAUCGACGCCAGCGAAGAGACGGAGGUUGUGGGUAAUGGAGUUGCGGGGGAUGCGGUGGAACUGGAGAGAACUCCAAACUCGUUGAGAAGAUUUCCGAAGAAGAGAGUGGAUGAGAACGAGGAGGAUAGCUAUGACAGUAGGUUCAAGCUGCGAAACGGAAGGGAGGUUUUUGAAGAGAAAGCUUACAUUGUGGGUGUUGAACGCAAAGGUUUUAUAGAGGAUAGCUUUGGUAUUGAAGAGUCGCUAAAGGAACUGGCCCAGUUGGCUGAUACUGCUGGCCUGAUGGUUGUUGGUUCUACCCAUCAGAAACUUUCUACUCCAAACCCGAGGACAUAUAUUGGAUCUGGGAAGGUUGCAGAAAUCAAGACUGCAAUUCAUGCAUUUGUGGUCGAGACUGUAAUAUUUGAUGAUGAGCUUUCACCAGGGCAAUUACGUAAUCUUGAAAAGGCCUUUGGAGGAGAUGUUAGAGUUUGCGAUCGCACUGCUCUCAUCCUAGAUAUCUUCAACCAGAGGGCAGCAACACAUGAAGCAGCUUUACAGGUUUCAUUAGCACAAAUGGAGUAUCAAUUACCUCGACUCACAAGAAUGUGGACUCACCUUGAGCGGCAAGCUGGAGGCAAGGUGAAAGGUAUGGGUGAGAAACAAAUUGAAGUGGACAAGCGUAUUUUACGCACUCAAAUUGGUGCUCUUAAAAAAGAGCUGGAGUCUGUUCGUAAACAUCGAAAGCAGUAUCGAAACCGGCGUGUUUCUGUUCCUGUGCCAGUUGUGUCUUUGGUUGGCUAUACAAAUGCUGGAAAGAGUACACUUUUAAAUCGAUUGACUGGCGCUAAUGUUCUUGCUGAGGAUCGCCUGUUUGCAACGCUUGAUCCAACUACGAGAAGGGUACAGAUGAAGAAUGGGAAGGAGUUCCUUCUUACAGAUACUGUUGGAUUUAUUCAGAAGUUACCAACUACACUAGUUGCUGCUUUCAGAGCAACAUUGGAGGAAAUUUCAGAGUCAUCCCUUCUGGUGCAUGUGGUGGAUAUUAGCCACCCACUGGCCCAGCAGCAGAUAGAUGCUGUGAACAAGGUUCUUGCUGAACUUGAUGUGGAGUCAAUUCCAAAGUUGAUGGUGUGGAACAAGGUUGAUAAAGCUAAUGACCCUCUGAAAAUAAAAUUUGAAGCAGAGAAGAGAGGAGAUACAGUGUGCAUCUCCGCCUUAAAUGGUGAUGGAUUAGAUGAAUUUUGCAAUGCAGUUCAGGAAAAACUCAAGGAUUCUAUGGUAUGGGUGGAAGCUUUAAUUCCUUUCAACAAAGGGGAACUUCUCAGUUCCAUCCAUCAGGUUGGGAUGGUCCAGAAUACUGAAUACACAGAGAAAGGGACAUUGGUCAAGGCGCACGUGCCGCUUCGGUUUGCAAGGAUACUCACCCCAAUGAGGCAAUUGCGUGUAUCAUAACUUCUUAUUUGGCCAUCCAAGAAUUUUAGAAGGGAUGGUAAAUACUAGAGGUUCAUCCAUGGCUUGUUUGAGGCAAUUGAUUGGUUAUACGAAUCAGAAACCAAAAGCUUCAUUGACGUUUCAUCUGAUAGAUAAAAGAGGGUUUGGAGUCUUGUCUCUAAGAAAGAGAUGGAGUGUGUAAAAAAGCUUCCUUGUACAAAUGCCCAUGUAUAUUUUGUGUGCCUAAGGUGGUAUGUACAUAGCAUUUUUAUUCGUGUAAUUGACGUGUAAAAAUUGGGGAAGUGACAGGCCUCUGUUAUCUUCUCCUGUGGAAUUAUAUUUACUCUUUAACAAGCUUUGGAAUAGCGAAGCUAUGUGGCUAUACCCUUUCUUUUGGAA